AUGGCAGCGCCCUCCAAACCUUCAGAAACCUUGGUCUUAUACGAUAUUCAUGCACGCGCUGCAAGUGCACCGAAUCCCUGGAAAUCGCGAUUAGCGCUGAACUUCAAAGGCAUUGCCUAUUCGACAACAUGGGUCCCUCUUCCCGAAAUCCCUACAGUCCGUCGCGCUCUUAAAAUGCCUGCUUGUCACAAGAACACCGAUGGCAGCGGCUACUAUACAGUCCCUAUUUUGAUUGACCCCAACACCAACUCUAAGAUCGGGGACUCUUUCGAUAUUGCAGUAUACCUGCAAAAGACAUACCCAGCCUCGGGUGCAGGAGAUCUGUUCCCUCCCCAAAAGCUCGACUUUGUCUUCGACCGGUGGUCUACCUUCCUAGAGUCACUUGGAAAGAAAAAGGCCAUCGAGUACGGCAAUUAUGCCAACUUCAACACUCAAGUCGAAGCGGCAUUCAGUGCAUAUUUCCUUUUAACAAUGGAGAACCUACCUCUUCAUCCAGUCACCGCUGAAGCUACCAAGGCAGAAUAUGUCAGUCGUGCUGGGUUAACAUCGUGGGAUGGUUUUACAAUGAAGGACGAGGACCGAAAGAAAAUGACACGGUCUCUCCACGUCAUGCUGGGUGAGCUGGGAAAGUUAUUUUCUAAAGACAUUAGCGGGCCGUUCCUGCUGGGCAAGCAGGCUACCUAUGCUGACUUUAUCGUCGGUAGCUGGUUGCGCCUGAUGGCUGUGUCUCUCCCUGAAAAUGAAUGGGAGGAUGUUAGAGCCUGCCAUGGGGGUAUUUUUGGCCGGUUACACGAUGGCCUGGAGAAAUAUGCGAAAGUGACGUAG